AUGAAUAAUUCUAUUUUUAAUAGAUCUGUCGUGUAUACAACAAAAAAGAUGAAGCAAAUAGUUAUCACUAAAAACGGAUCAUAUGAUGUAUUAAAGGUAAAGGAAUCGGCUGACCCAGUAACAGGUGAGGGUCAAAUCAAGAUACAAGUAAAAGCUGCUGGUUUAAACUUUGCUGAAAUUAUGGCUAGACAAGGACUAUACCCAGAUGCACCACCACUUCCAUGUGUAGUUGGAUAUGAAGCAGCUGGUAUUGUAACAGAGGUUGGACAAGGUGUUGAUAGUGUUAAAGUUGGUGAUAGAGUUAUUGCUCUUAGUAAAUUUGGUGCACACUCUGACACCAUGAUCAUCCCACACUAUAUGGCUGUUCCAAUGCCAGAACAUAUGUCGUUUGCUGAAGGUGCUUCGAUUCCAGUUAACUUUAUCACUGCCUAUCAUAUGUUGUUCAAGGUGGCUCGUGUUCAACCAGGUGAUAGUGUACUCAUUCAUAUGGCAGCUGGUGGAGUUGGUGUUGCUGCCAUCCAACUUUGCAAGACCAUCAAAAACGUAACCGUCUAUGGAACUGCCUCUGCUAGCAAACACGACUUUAUCAGAGAAUUGGGUUGUCAUCAUCCCAUCGAUUAUAAUACCAAAGACUAUGUCAAAGAGAUUUAUGAAAUCAAUAAGGAUUUACCAGAGGGUAGAAGAGGGAUUGAUAUCAUCCUGGACCCACUAGGUGACUCCAAGAAGAGUUAUUCACUUUUAAACCCUGCUGUUGGCAGACUUGUCACAUUUGGAGCUUCAAAUUUCCUUUCUGGUUCUACAAGAUCCAUUUUUAAUAUUGCAUCAUUUAGUCCAUUAUCAUUAAUGAGUGAUAACAAGAUGGUUGCUGGUGUUAAUAUUGGACACAUGUUCCAGCCAGAAUCAUUAUUACAUAUGUUACAAGAAGAAAUGAAAGAUAUAAUGCAGUUGUGGGUAGAUGGUAAAGUUAAAGCUAUUGUCUCAAAAGAAUUUACAUUUGAUGAUGCAGGUGAAGCUCAUCGUUAUAUGGAAGAAAGAAAGAAUAUUGGUAAAAUUAUUUUGGUUCCAACAACUGCUGAUCUUACUCCCACAUCAUCUCAAUAA